CUCUGCUUUAGUCUAUCCAUGGCUUAUACGUUAUUUCUAGUCGGAGUUGAUAAAAUACAGAAUGAAGUCGGAUGCACUAUCAUAACAGCACUGUUACAUUAUCUUUUCCUAUUUAUUUUCUUUCUAAUGCUGGCCCUUGGGUGGCACUAUUUCAGCAGUAUCUCUCUGGUCAAAUUAUCACUGUCUAAAGCAACAGCACUUCAAAGCCAUGCCAAUGCUGUCGGUAAAGUCACGUGGGUAGUUGUCACGGUUAUUCCAGUGUGCAUAACUGCAGGAACAUUCGGAAUUGUAUAUUCCUGGGACAAGGACUAUCAUUCAAAAACCAGUUGCUGGUUAUCAUUUGAAAGUGGAGCCUUGUAUGGAUUUAUUGGACCCGUAGCUGGUCAAUAUCAUAAUUGUGUUCAGUCUCGUUGUGACUCUAUGUUCGACAAUUUCCUCAGAAGGAGAAGUAAAAAAAAGGACCAU